AUGAGAAAAAUUCUAUCAUUUGAAGAAUAUUCGACAUUAUCAUUGUACCCAACAUUAAAAUCUUCUUGUUCGAAAAUUGGUAUUAAAUACAGAGAAUUUCUUGAAAUCAAAAUUGUUUACAAUGAAUUAUGUGGAAGCGAUCUAGUGGCUGACGAAUGGAUUAAUUAUCUGUUUAUACUCUAUGAACAAAGUUGGGAUGUUUCAUCAAUUACCGAUUUUCGUCGUAUAGGUGCAUUGCAGUUUCAAACCCUCCGAUCGAUUUGUUCCUUAGUACAAAAUACCAUCAAUGAUGCACUCGAAACCUUCUAUUUAACCGAAUUUGUUCAAUCAAAACUUGUUUUUCAGUACUCUUUUCAACUUCAAAUCAAUACAUUGACGACCGAAUUCAUUCGUCUUCUAUCGAAAACAAUUUUGAGAAAAUUACAUUUCAUUCAAAACAUCACUGCACAAAGUUUAUUCAUGACUGGUGCUUCAGUCAUCAGUGUUCGGCCUGUUCUUGCUUAUCAACCAUUCUUGGAAUAUUCUACACCUUUUCCCGGAAUUAAUUACACAUUUACAGAUGGAUCCACUUGUAUCUGUUCAAGUUCCACAUCGACUGAUUGUCUUGGUCCAACUUCAUUCCAAAAUGAAAUCAUCCCUGGAUUUCAAACAGGAUGUUAUACGGUCAGUGCUCUUCUUCAAUCCACACUCGAAGCAUUUCUGAACCAAACAUUUAUUGAUAUUCUUACAAAUUCUUCUCAUAUAUUUCGACAACUGAACUCAUCCAUCUUUUCUUCAACUAUUGAAACAUUACUCAGUCAAUUGUUUAUCUUACAAUGGUUAAAUCAAACAUCAUAUUGA